GCAAGUAUGGCGGUGGCGCGAGCCGACGGAGCUCUGGCUCCGGGAGAAGGAUUAGUGGUGAACUGGUCAGGGCAGGGACUACAGAAAUUAGGUCCCAAUUUGCCCUGUGAAGCUGAUGUUCACACAUUGAUUCUGGAUAAAAAUCAGAUUAUUAAACUGGAAAAUCUAGAGAAAUGCAAACAGUUAAUACAGCUCUCAGUGGCUAAUAACCGGCUGGUUCGGAUGAUGGGUGUGGCCAAACUAACUCAACUCCGGGUAUUAAAUUUACCUCAUAACAGUAUUGGGUGCAUGGAAGGGCUGAAGGACCUAGUCCAUCUGGAAUGGCUGAAUUUAGCAGGAAAUAAUCUGAAGACCAUGGAACAAAUAAGUAGCUGUGCAGCUCUACAACACCUUGAUUUGUCAGACAAUAACAUACCCCAGAUAGGUGAUCUAUCGAAGUUGGUAUCUUUGAAGACCUUGCUUUUACAUGGAAACAUCAUCACCUCUCUUAGAAUGGCUCCUGCUUAUCUACCCAGAAGUCUCUCUAUAUUGUCUUUGGCAGAAAAUGAAAUCCGAGACUUAAAUGAGAUCUCGUUUUUGGCCUCUUUAAGUGAAUUGGAGCAGUUGUCAAUUAUGAACAAUCCUUGUGUGAUGGCAACCCCAUCCAUUCCAGGGUUUGACUAUCGGCCGUACAUUGUCAGCUGGUGUUUAAAUCUCAGAGUACUAGAUGGAUAUGUGAUUUCUCAGAAGGAAAGUCUGAAGGCGGAAUGGCUCUAUAGUCAAGGCAAGGGAAGAGCAUAUCGGCCUGGCCAGCAUGUCCAGCUAGUUCAGUACCUGGCUACAGUCUGUCCUCUUAUUUCUGCACUGGGUCUUCAAACUGCAGAGGAUGCCAAACUUGAGAAGAUUCUGAGCAAACAGAGGUUUCACCAGAGGCAGCUGAUGAACCAAAGCCAAAAUGAAGAGCUGUCUCCUCUUGCUCCUGUUGAAACAAAGGUGCCCCUUUCACCUGAAUGUUCCAGCCCUGUCCAAGAGUUCCAGGAAAGCGAACCCAUCCUCCAAAUCAAUUCUUGGGUUGGGAUGAGCAGUAAUGAUGAUCAAUUAUAUGCUAUUAAGAGUAACUUCCCGGCUUCUGCACACACUACAAGAUACUCUCGGAAUGACCUUCACCUGGAAGAUAUACAGACAGAUGAGGACAAGCUAAACUGUAGUAUGCUCUCUUCAGAGUCCACUUUUAUGCCAGUUGCAUCAGGACUGUCUCCGGUGUCACCCACUGUUGAACUGAGGCUACAGGGUAUUAACUUGGGCCUGGAAGAUGAUGAUGAUGUUGCAGAUGAAUCCAUGAAAGGGCUAGAAAACCAGGAUUUAGAUAAGGACAAGGAAAAGUCUUUAUGGGACACAAAAAAGAGUUCUGCUCAACUGCUGAAAAGUAAGGUCAGUACAGGAAUAAGUGAGAAAGCUGGGCUGUUGCCUCGUCCCAAGUCAGUGAUCACCAAUGCUAUCUUGACGGAGGAUAAUCGUGGACUUACAUCUUUUCCUGAGCCCCACAUAGAACCAAACAGUGAAGAAGCCAUGUCUCCUACCACCUCAGAGAAAUUUCCCUGCAGAAUUUUUACCCAGAGACCUGUUGCUUUGGAACAAGAUAAAGUCACCCUCCAGCAACUAAAUGCAGCUGCCACUAAGCUUCAGGCCUGUUGGCGGGGCUUUUAUACCAGGAACUACAAUCCACAAGCCAAAGGGGUACGUUAUGAAAUCCGGCUGCGCAGAAUGCAGGAGCACAUUGUCUGCUUAACAGCUGAAGUAAGGAGGUUAAGAAAAGAAAGAGAUGAAGAACGUGUGAAAAAUUUUGUGCAAGAAGAGGCUGUCAGAUUCCUUUGGAACGAGGUAAGAUCUCUACAAGGUUGGCAACAGACAGUGGAACAGCGUCUAAUUUCCUGGCAGACUGAUGUUCCUCCUAUAUCAAGUACUCUGGUGUCGCCUAAACCACCAUUAUUUCCACAGCGUCAGGACCCGUCUUCCGAUCAGAGUUUGGAUUGGUUCAUUGCUGAGGAUGAAGCUCCUCAAGAGAAAUCCGCGUCAGAAUUUCCAGACUCUGGGUUUCACUCUUCCCUGACGCAAGCUCGCUGUUUGCAGGAUUCUUUGGAUUUUGAAAAAAGUUUCGUAGAAAGCAGCGAAAGCUCCAUGUUGGGGAAUUCCACUGACACGGUGAAAUGCGGCAAAGACCCCGACUUGGAGGCCACGACUGAGGAGCACAGUGACUGUAGUAAGGAAAGCUCGAACAACGAGCAGGACAACACCCUGCUGGAGCAGUAUUUAACCUCAGUCCAGCAGCUGGAUGAUGCUGACGAGAGGACAGAUUCUGACGAGGUGGCAGGAGACAGGAAGUGUCAUGAAGCCUGUUCUCCAGACAGGUUAGACGCCUCGUCUGACAGCGAGACUCAUAGAGAAUCUCCUGCUUUACAGGGUGAGAUCAGCCAGACACCAGAGAGUUGUAAACUAAACGAAGAGGCUCAAGAGCAGCAGCCGGAAUGUGAUGCUGUGUUUCAGGUGUUGCCUGUGGGUGUCGUUGUGUAGCCUGUCUCAUCAAUUAGGAAGCAGAAAUUCACUUUGUUUUCAGUUGCUUUUUUUCUUUUGGAGGGGAACAAUUCUUCCUCCAUUUUGUUGUUCUUCAUAUACAACUUGUAUUCUUGUCCCAUACUUUCCAGGUAUGAGAUACUGAGCUACAUCUUCAUUUUGAUUGUACUAAUGAACUAAAUAAUAUUGACAUUAAAAGGCAUAUGCACUUUAUUUCUUAAUAAUUACACCAAUAAUGUUUCUUUUACAUACGUAUUUCCUUACAAAAAUAGUUUUUUGAAGUAGUUUGGUGAUUUAAAUAGGGGAAUUUAAUUUUUAAUUAUGUAGUAAGGAUUAUAAUAUGUAAGGCAUGACUAGGAUGAGGAUUAUGAACAACUGAAUCUGUUGGACAGUCUUGUUGUUCUAACACGUUUUCCCCCCUUCUGCAUUAAGGAAAGCCUUCUUAAAUAAGAAAAUUUAGGGCAAAAAAGUUUAUAGGAGUGUGUGUUUGUAUGUGUGUGUGUAUGUGUGUGUGUUGUGACAGUUAAACCCAGAGCCUUGAGAAUGCUCUGCCACUGAGCUGUCAACCACCUAACUCUAGAUUAUAAGAUUUUUAAGUGGGGUGAUUAAACUGCCUCAUGACAAACUUAAGCUAAUUUGUGGAUCAGUUUUGAAGUAAAGUAUUCCAUUACAGGAUUAAAAUCAAGCUAACUAAGGCAAAAAUAUUUCUUUUUGAUAUGGAGAAAGGAGACGUGAUACUUAUUCACUUGAAAUAAUGCUGCUCAAAUGUCUGUCUUUUCAUUAUUUUUUUUUUAGCAUACAGUAUUUAUGUGCCAAUAUUAUGGGAAGAAAUAUAUUGUAAGAAAUCAGUAGGCAUUCAUCUUUAUGUUCUUUCUUUUAUUUCUAUAUAUACUUCACCAGAAGGGCCAAAGCUAUUCAUUUCAUUCUCUCUCUCCCUCUCUCUCUAACACACACUCACACCUACACACCUACACACACACAAAGAGAAGGGGUGGGGGAGAACCAAAUCUAGGACCUUGUGCUUGCUAGGUAAGUGCUAUAUCACUGCAGUGUAUCUCAGUCCUUAUUGCCUUCUUGACUUUCGUCUCAUAAUAAAGAACAUUUAAAAUCCUUCCAUUGAUAAACUAGCUUUUUUUUUUUUUUAAAGAUUUUUAAAUUAAUCUCUCUCUGAAAAGUGCCACAUUGGAAGGACAAUUCAAUGGUGGUUAAGAAAAAAAUAAAAUAGGCUGGGCCUGGUGCUACAUGCCAGCACUUGGGAGGCAGAAUUAGGGAGAGCUCUGAGUUCAAGGACAACCUGGUCUACAUAGUGAGUUCCAGAUCAGCUAGGGCUACAUGUGAGACCCUACCUCAAAACAAACAAAAAUACCCAACAACAAAACAAUAAAAACAGCAAAAACAAACAACUAAAAAAAUGAUUUCAGGAAUAAUAAUGUUAUGUUUAAAUGUUGAAGGUACAACUGUCAAUCAAAGGUGACAUUUAGGAGCUUGGCAUUAUAUCUUUUAGAAUGUUAUGAUAUCAUUAAAUAGCACAGAUAUGAUUUUUCCAACUGUAGACAAGCACCUGUUUACAAUUCUGGCAAUACUUCUGUUCUCUAAACUUAGGUGCUAAAUAUCAUCCAUUAUUUUGUUAAAGUCAUUAGAAUCCCUUAACUAAAAGUAUAUAAAAUAAAAAUUCGGGGCCUUUCAAAAUAAAAUUGAAGACCACAGGGUGUUCUUAGCUGAGAGGAACAUUCUAAAUUAUGGUGAGCUAUAUUUGCCUAGUUUAUAAGUAAGUAGCACUCAAGUUGAGAAGGCUUGCAUUUCAUUCUCAGAAAUCUAAAAUCCCUCAAAAUAGGACAUGUUUUCUGUGUUUUAUAAACAGAACAACGGUCUUGUCUUCAAAAUAUUUUCUUUAGGUGUAACAUUGAAUGCAUGGUGGAUAGAAACUGAAAGUGUAACCUUCUGAAUAAUAACCACCUUUUCUGAUUUUGCAUUUCUCUUAAAAUAUUUAAUUCGUAUGUGUGUAUUUGGUGUGUUUGUGUAUAUGUGUGUUUAUGUGUGAGUGUAAGUGUGAGAGUAUGUAUAUGUGAGAGAGUGUGUGAGAGUGUGUAUUUGUGUGUAUAUCUGUGUAAGAGUGUGUGUUUGUGUAUAUGUGAGAGUAUUUGUAUGCAUGCAUGAGAGUGUGUGUGUAUAUGUGUGAGAGUUUGUGUGUGUAUAUGUAUGUGUGAGAGUAUUUAUGUGUGUGUGUAUGUGUGCCUGCUGGAGGAAGCCAGAAGUAGGUGUCAGCUCCCUUGAACCUGGAGUUACAGGUGUUUGUGAUCUGUCCUUCAGCCCUCUUUUUCAUUUCUUUUUCAAUAUGAGAUAAGACAUUUUCUUAUUUUUCUAUUUCUGCAGUUAAGUGCCUCAUUUACUACCUGAAGUUAAAGAAAAACCGUUUCUUGAUGCAAGUACCAAAACUGCUUCACUGCAUGUUAAUUUUAGGAAAAGUGGCUGAAAUGUUUGGUUGAGUUUCCCUGAGUAUGGUUCUGGUAGCUUAUUCAAGAUUUAUUUAUUCAUAAUGUAUACAAUGCUCUGUCUGCAUGUACACCUGCAGGCCAGAAGAGGGCAUCAGAUCUCAUUAUAGAUGGCUGUGAGCCACCAUGUGGUUGCUGGGAAUUAAACUCAGGACCUCUGGAAGAGCAGUCAGUGCUCUUAACCUCUUAGCCAUCUCUCUAGCUGCCUCUUCAUCUUUUUUAAAGUGAUGGCAGAUACAGCCAUUUGAUCAACAUUGUCAGUAGAAUUUAUUGUUCUGUUACUCAUUUUUCUAGUCUGAAAAAUGGCAUUCAACAUAUUUUUAUUAAAAACUUGGCAGAAUAUGAUAAUUACUAAUAUUC